AUGGGCCUCUCGGGUGCUGUGGAUUGGUGGGAGGAGUGGCAGCUGCAUAUCCUCGUCAUCAGCAGCCUCUUUGUCCAAUACUUCCUGUUCGUCUCUGCCUCCAGCCGUAAGCUUGCCAUCUCUUCCUUGUACAGAUUCCUAAUAUGGAUCGCGUAUGUAGUCAGCGAUCCUCUGGCGAUAUAUGCCCUCGCCACCCUCUUCAAUCGACAGAAGAAGCGGGACUACAGCUUAUCAAACCGCAAUAGCAUCCUCGAGGUGCUGUGGGCGCCUUUCCUUCUGAUGCACCUUGGUGGACAGGACUGCAUAACCGCGUACAACAUCGAAGACAACGAGCUGUGGCUACGGCAUGCCCUGACUGCCGUAUCCCAGAUCACUGUAGCCAUCUACGUUUUCUAG